GUUGCAAGUAACGUUAAUAAACAGGUGUCACAAGCCGUAUUUCGUAAUACAAGCAUUAUCGGCAAAAUCCUGUUAUCACUAAUGUAAAAGAUACGUUCUAUUAGAUGUUCUGUUAGAUUAUUCUAUUAGAUACGUAAAUGUGACUGGAGAUCUCUCCACGAUUUCUGCAGGUGCCCUACUGAAAUGAAUGACGAAUUUAACUGUUGUGAAUUGUUGCUAUUUUUAAAAAGACGGAUGACACGUGUGCAUGUACAAUAGUGAAAGUGUAUUGCAGUAUUUUUAUAUGAUGCAAAAGAUGCUACAAGAUGUUUUCUAGUCACCAAUGUUUGGUGUAAACGAACCCUAGUUAUUUUUUAGCAAUACGCUUCCUUUUCUUUUAUAUUAAUUUCAUUCCCCCAUUUUAAUUUCCUAUGGAUAACCUUUGGGAAGAAUUGUCAGACAUAUCUAUUUUAAAACUAGUAAAAUGGGGUGCUAUUAUGGCUAUGGUAUUUGGGGGUGUGGUGCCUUUCAUACCUCAGUACAGAGAAAUAAAACGAACUGAUGAUGCUGAAGGUUUUUCCCUUUUUGUGUGUUUAACUCUGCUUAUUGCUAAUACAUUGAGAAUCCUAUUCUGGUUUGGUAAAAGAUAUGAACUUCCGUUGUUAAUUCAAAGUAUUAUUAUGAAUAUAACAAUGUUGAUAAUGGUCAAUUUGUGUGUAACAGUUAAAAACAGAAACCAGAUAAUUCGAGGUCGUGAAAGAGUUUUCACAGACCCUGGCACCAGGGAUCCCAGACCAAGCCACUCAAAGCAGCGGCGUGCAGAUCACAACUUCUUGGAUUUUGACACCAAAUACUUCUGGGCAUGGACUGAUUUCAUAUCAUAUGUGGAUUUCUUGAUAGUAUUCACAAUUGUGACAUCAUUUUUUAUGUACCUUUUUGUAGAAAUCAGUUUUAUUGUAGAACUAAUAGGAUUUUUAGCCCUCUUUGCAGAGGCGUUAUUGGGAGCUCCACAGUUGUUUAGAAAUUACCGACAUAAAUCAACUGAGGGGAUGAGUGUGGCAAUGGUGAUGAUGUGGACUAUGGGAGACACAUUUAAGACCUGUUAUUUUCUUCUUCGAGAGGCUCCUUUGCAGUUUUGGGUGUGUGGUGCCUUGCAAGUAUGCAUCGACUUGUUCAUUCUUCUCCAAGUGCAGUUGUAUAGGCUUAGUCCAGGUGUGCGACGAACAAGAAAUAUGCCUGAUUAACUAUAUAGAAAUUCAGUUAUGCAUUUCAAUUAUUCUAGUGUUCGCUAAUUAAUUUUCAUCUCUGAGCAUUGAAAGUAAUGUGAACCACAGUAAAGUGUAGAACUUGUUACAUUUUAUAAAUAUAUUUGUUUUAAACAUAUCAUUUAAUAUACAAGAACUAUAUUUUUAUACAUUAUUUGUUGUGCAAUGUAAAUUUUAACAUUGAUGAAUUGUACUGUACACAGUGUUUCAGUAUUUAUGUCUCAGUUCUCUAAGUCGAGAAACUUCCAGAAUUUAUUAAGAGAUAUUUUUGUGUAACAUUUGUAAAUACAAAUAAUAAUAAUAAUAAUAAUAUUGCUAAUUUUUCUAAUUUAUAUUGUAAUUUUGAAAAUUGUAAGUUAUUUAUGUUUGUGUUGAUAAUAUGUGAGAGUAACAAAUUUAUCACAAUGUAGAAAAGAGAAAAUGUUUAUCAUGCACAAAAUGUAUGAAAUCCAGAUUUUUGCUAUUUCCUAACAUUUUCAUGAUAGUCACAUGUACACCGAAGGAAUCUUUUAUGAAAUUAGAUACCUUUUAGCUUAUGUAGAAUUUAAUUUUCUUUCUUCCUUUUCUUAUACUCCUCCUUAUUGAACAAGUAUCAAAUUUAAGGCCAGAAAUACAUAUUCAUAAUGAAAUUUAAAUUACAUAGUGAAUAUUCCAACACGU